UGUACGGCUGGAGAGGGAAAUGAGGUUGUUUCUCUCCAGACGACCAAGACAUUGAUGAAAGCAUCAUUUUAUGGCAGAAGAGAAGCUACCUGGGGAGACUUGCACAGUUAGCUUAAGACUGAGACAUCUUCUCGGCACAGUGGUGAUGAGUGUGAACAGGGAUAUCUGCAGAGCGAUCGAGCUGCUGGAGAAGCUGCAGCGGAGUGGGGAGGUGCCACCACAGAAGCUGCAGGCGCUGCAGAGAGUCCUCCAGAGCGAGUUCUGCACGGCCGUGCGGGAGGUGUACGAGCACGUCUAUGAGACAGUGGACAUCAGCAGCAGUCCUGAAGUGAGGGCCAAUGCAACCGCAAAGGCCACUGUGGCUGCGUUUGCAGCCAGCGAGGGACAUUCUCAUCCCCGCGUGGUGGAGCUGCCGAAGACGGAAGAGGGCCUCGGCUUCAAUAUCAUGGGGGGCAAGGAGCAGAACUCUCCCAUCUACAUAUCUCGGAUAAUUCCCGGCGGGAUUGCAGACAGACACGGGGGCCUCAAGCGCGGAGACCAGCUCCUUUCUGUGAAUGGAGUGAGCGUGGAGGGUGAGCACCAUGAGAAGGCCGUGGAGCUGCUGAAGGCCGCGCAGGGCAAGGUGAAGCUGGUGGUGCGCUACACGCCCAAGGUGCUGGAGGAGAUGGAGUCACGCUUCGAGAAGAUGCGCUCGGCCAAGCGCAGGCAGCAGACCUAGCACGGCCGCCUGCAGACGCCUGUCUUCACAUCAGUGCGGUUCCUGGGAUGCACACACUGUUCGCUGACACGAAAAGUCAGAGGUGACGAGGGCGAUUCUGUCCUGCUGUUUUUACAGGCCUUUUUCAAGUACAGAUUUUUGUCAUAAAGUUGUUAUAGAUUUUUAAAAAUGCUUUUUUAAUAUUAAGAUGUACUUUUACAUUCUUAAUCUUUUUUUAAGAAAAAAGUUCUCAUUUGGCUACUUAUUAACAGUUCUCCAAUUUUUUUUUCUUUUUUUUGCUUUGUUUUUUUUAACCUGUGAAAUUUCUUUACAGUUUUCCAAGAAAUUACACCUGAUAGUCUCAUGGAUAGUGGUUCAUUACACCGUCAACGUUAACGACACUACUGCAUUUUGUACUUUGAAUACACACAUAAUAUAUAAACACACGGAAGAGCAGAACUCAGCAUAGUGGAGGUUUUUUACUUUUAUUUAAACAUAACGUGUAAUGGACGUUCAUUUAUAGUGAUUUAUAAGAGUAAGUUUUUAAACACUGAAGCAUUCAUUGCUAAAAUCCGUAUUCUUUCCUAAUCGAGCAGCGAGGCAAGAGGAUGAGAUUCGAUUGCUAGCAUCCCUGAUGAUGCCCCUAUUGAUAUUCAACCUUAGGUCGUAAAUUAAAAAUGCGAGUCGGUGGCAGAUUCAUCUUGUGCACCUGUUUCCUGAGCUGGUUGUUUUCCUUUAGAUCUUCUCGCACUCGGCUCCUUCAAGCCCAAACAGGAGCCGGUUAGUUUGUGGUGGGAAACAGCAGAGUCAGAAGAAACAGCGACGCCUCCUGCCUCCCCUUCUGCAUGCUCACCAGCUCAGAAAGAAUGGAUUUUAGCAGGAAAGAGGACAGGAUUGAGAUGUGUGGAGGGCGAGGGCGUAAAGGUCGCAGCCUGGAGGAAGAUACCUGCAGGCCUUCGUCCACUGGGGGCCUCUGUUUCGCUGGAAGCAGCUGCUCGGGAAUGGCCGCGACAGGGUGCCUACGAGCGGAUGUGAAAGUUGAGUUCAUUUCCCAUCACAACCACCUGGAACCCUGUACUGUAAAACGCAUGUAGAUGGCAGACGCUAAAAAGACAUAGAUUGAAAAGGAAAAAGGAUUUGACGUAAUUUCCAUCCUGUGUUAACAAAGUGGGCAUUCUGUAACAUUCCUACAGGAAGAUAGAAAUGUAUACCUUUUUCUGCAUGUAUAUGAGCACUGAGUCUUAAAAGAUGAUUCCAGUUUUCAGUGGUUUUCCAGAAUAAAAGCGUUGUUAUUUAUCCUUUAGGUACUGAACACUGGAUUGCAUGGUUGAAUGUGUCUUUAGUCCACGCGAAAUGUGCUUGUUAAUAGGAUCAUGUUGUUCAAUUGUAUAUCUUCAAAAUUAAUUGAUAUGCUUUUCAAAUGUUGAGACCAAAGUAGUAUAGUAGAAUUAUGGACUUAAUUUAAUUGUAAAGUUACUAGAGGUAUUUGUUGUAGAGCUUUAUAUAUUAAAGAGGUAUUGGUGCAUAUACAAACUGUAAUAUUAUUGUUAUGCUUGUGUUCUUGCAUUCCGGGGCGGUUUAGCCCCAAAGAAGUCUUUCUUACAGCUACAGUCGCUCUUUUAAGGGAGUAGCAACAUUUCAAUAUAAACUCGAGCUUCCUGGUUCAAUGUCUCAGCUGUUUCAGAACUUUCAGCCAAGUUCAAUCUUUUUGGUGUGAAAACUUAGUAAGUUGAGUGAAUAUUUUUUCCUGCAGUAGCCUGCAGUCUGUGCUCUGUGGUUUGGCACCUGUUUAUAAUUCUCACACUGAGACCGGCUGAGAGGAGCCGGGCGCAGCAGUUUCACUGGGUCCUGCCGAGCGUGAGCAGCAGCCCCUGCCUGGUCCCGUGGUGCGUCUCAGAACGGAAGUCUUGGCCCCGGGAAAGCGCAGUCAGGGCAGCGCUGCAUGGUGGCCGUCGGCGGUGAGGGGAAGCAAAGAGGGGGUUCUCAUCUCGAAUGCAUGCUCCCUAAAUGAAACCAGACGCAUAGCACACAGUAGGUGUCUGGUUUGUCAAUGAUAAGCCAGCAGUCCUCCCCAGCUUCCUGAGUGUUUUCCUCGUAUUUCAGGAGCAGCUGACUGUUAUGAGCCUGGCUGCCUGUUACAGUGCCCUGACCCGUGAGUGGUCUCCUCCCUCACGGCUAAAUUAGGCCCCUCUGUGUUAAAAAUCAUUCCACAAGGUUCUCAUGGACCCAGGGCUGACAACCGCUAGCUUACACUGGACUCUGUUCGCAAGAAUCAGAAUAGAAUCAUUCACUUUGCAGCUACUUAAUCAUUGGUUAUAUUUGUCAGAAGUUUCUUGAAGAAAGGGUACCUAGUGUUCCUUAUUUGGAAAAUAAGUACACCUUUAAAAAAAAAACAAACUAGGGCUGGGGAUUUAGCUCAGUGGUUCCAGCGCCUGCCUCACAAGCUCAAGGUCCUGAGUUCAGUCCCCAGUACCAAAAAAAAUAUAUCUACCAGUAGCUUAAAUAUGAAUAGUAGAUAUUUCACCGUUCUGUCCCCUUUGCCUUUAAAAUUUACAAAAGUAAGUUUAUUUUCUGAGAAAGCAGGUUGAGCCAGGCAGACGGGUACUUUGUGUUUGCUAACACCACGCUGUCUUACCACAGCCACUUGGUCUUUCACCAUGGCGCCGGGCGACAGUGGCCUUGUUCUCACGAUGUGACGAUUCAGGUGUGUUUUUGAACAAAUUACUGCUGUCCUGUUCUAAAUUUUUUAGGGAUUUUUGCUCCAGUACUUAAGUGGUUUGGCUCAAGUACUCUGUUUACAUUUCAGAUUGGCAUUUUAGCAUUUCCUACAAGACACGGCCGAUCUGGAAAGAACCUGAGCACGACGCGGUGUAACUUUGAGAAUCCCUGUUGUGAAUAUUUUAUAAUGUGGAAUGAUGCUGAAAUAUUAAGGACUUGGGUAGUUGUAUUUCCUGAAUAAAUGUAUGUGAAUUUUGUUAA